GACAGACGGACAGCAGCGGGACUUUAACGAGCUCCAGCUCGGGACAGUGUGACUCUUCAUCCCUCCUCUUCCUCUACUCCUCCUCCUCCUCCGUGGAUGGAGCUCCAGCAGUCCCCCAACAGACCGAUCCUCCGCCGGCUCUGAAGCCCCGCACCGCCGCGGGAUCUGCGUGACCGUGUCGUCCUCUCCGUCCUCUCGUCCCCGCAGGCCGCCGUCUCCUCCGUGACUCCCCGUUCUCCAUGCGAUUCUUCAGACUCACAUUCAAGUGUUUCGUGGAUUGUUUUUGAAGGUCGCUGUCCGAGUGUCGGUGAAUCUCCUUUAUUUUCAUUUAUUUUAUUUUUUCAUCGUUUUUUCUCGCGUUGAUUGGAGGAGGAGAAGUCUAGUCCACGUUCUUCUGAUUUUAUUUUUAUUAUUAUUAUUUCUUAAACCUGUCGUUUGGAAUAAGAACAGAUUCUGAUGCAGCCUCCAUCAGAACAAAGCGAAUAAAAACUACAUUAAUUAUCAGAGGAGAAGAAGAAAGAGGAAUUAACCCAGGAGACAUUACACCUGCUGACAGAAGUCAAGUUAGAGACCAGUGAGGCUGCUGUCUUACUGGUGUGACUGGGAAAUCAGACAAAGUGAGUAACUGGAAUAAAACUCACCAGGAGAGAAACAAAGGGGAUUUCGAGAGAUCUGGACUGGUUUCUGACUGGUUUCUGACUGGUCUGGUUCUGGUGACUGGUGGGACUAACUGGGAGAAAUUCCAGAUUUCAGAGCACUAAAGACUGAUGGAGAAGCAGGCUCUCCCCACCUCCACCUGCUCUCUGGUCCUCCUGGAGGAGACCAAGAAGAGCCCCCUGAACGGCUCUGACUGGCUGAAUGGCGGUGCCGGUUACCCCCCCUCGGCCUCUAACGGCAGCCUCGUCCCGCUCGGGUCGGGGGUGGCGGGGUCCGCCGGUGGUGCCUGUGCUGUGCCGGAUAAGAAAGGGGCGGUGGCCAACGGGACGGGGCCUGGGUACCCGGAGCGUGAGACAUGGACGCGGCAGAUGGACUUCAUCAUGUCUUGUGUGGGAUUCGCCGUCGGACUUGGAAACGUGUGGAGGUUUCCGUACCUGUGCUACAAGAACGGAGGAGGCGUCUUCCUGAUCCCGUACCUGCUGUUCAUCUUCGUCGGGGGGAUCCCCAUCUUCUUCCUGGAGAUCGCCCUGGGACAGUUCAUGAAGGCCGGCAGCAUCAACGUGUGGAACAUCGCCCCGCUCUUUAAAGGUCUGGGCUAUGCCUCCAUGGUGAUUGUGUUUUUCUGUAACACCUACUACAUCAUGGUGCUGGCGUGGGGCUUCUACUACCUGAUCAAGUCGUUUAACGCCACCCUCCCCUGGUCCACCUGCAACAAUGAAUGGAACACGCCCAACUGCCUCGAGAUCUUCCGGCACCAGGACUGCAAUAACGCCAGCCUCGCCAACACCACCAUCAGCGGCAACAUGACCUGCGCUCAGCUGGCCGAGGCUCGAUCACCUGUCAUCGAGUUCUGGGAGAACAAAGUCCUGAACAUCUCGUCCGGUCUGGAUGAAGUCGGCGAGUUUAACUGGGAGCUCAUGCUGUGUCUGAUGGCCGUCUGGGUGCUGGUUUACUUCUGCGUCUGGAAGGGAGUCAAAUCCACCGGGAAGAUUGUCUACUUCACCGCCACCUUCCCAUACGUGGUCCUCAUCAUCCUGUUGGUCAGAGGCGUCACACUUCCUGGAGCCGCCAACGGCAUCAUGUACUACAUCAAACCUGAUUGGUCCAAGCUGGAGGAGGCUCAGGUGUGGAUUGAUGCUGGUACUCAGAUCUUCUUCUCUUAUGCCAUUGGACUGGGAGCUCUGACGGCUUUAGGCAGCUACAACCGCUUCAACAACGACUGCUACAAAGACGCCUUCGUCUUAGCUCUGAUAAACAGCGGGACAAGCUUCUUUGCUGGGUUUGUCGUGUUUUCUAUUCUGGGCUUCAUGGCUAAUGAGCAGGGAGUCGACAUCUCGCAGGUCGCUGAAUCAGGUCCAGGUCUGGCCUUCAUUGCGUACCCGAUGGCGGUCAGUCUGAUGCCCGUGGCCCCGCUCUGGGCAGCACUCUUCUUCUUCAUGCUGCUACUUCUGGGACUUGAUAGUCAGUUUGUUGGUGUGGAGGGUUUCGUUACUGGAAUUUUGGAUCUGUUUCCUGGCAAGCAAGUCCAUCGCUACAAAAGGGAGAUAGCUGUGGCGAUAUGCUGUUUAGUGUGCUUUGUGAUUGACCUCUCCAUGGUGACACAGGGAGGGAUGUAUGUCUUCCAGUUGUUUGACUACUACUCGGCCAGUGGAAUGACUCUGUUGUGGCAAGCAUUCUGGGAAUGCAUAGUAGUUGCCUGGGUCUACGGUGCUGACCGCUUCAUGGAUGAUAUAGCUCGUAUGAUUGGCUAUCGGCCUUUCCCCUGGAUGAAGUGGUGUUGGUCCUUUAUAACUCCAUGUGUCUGCAUGGGAAUCUUCUUGUUCCACCUGGUGAACUACAAACCGCUGACCUAUAAUAACGUGUACGUUUACCCAUGGUGGGGCGAGGUGAUUGGCUGGUGUCUGGCUCUGUCGUCCAUGCUGUGCAUCCCUGUCAGCCUCAUCUACAAACUGUUCAGAGCCAAGGGAACCUUCAGAGAGCGCUGGCUUCAUCUGACCUGUCCCGUCUGGGGGGCCCAUCACAUGGAGUACAUGGCCCCUGACAUCAAGUCCCUGACGUCUCUGUCCCCCGGCACCGACGACAACAAAGUCAUCAUCUUUGAGAGCGUCAUGUAGGGCGGACUCCACCAAUCACACUCCUCCAUCUACAUCAUCCCUCCAUAUAUCCCUCCCACCUGAGACAAGAUUGCCGCCGACCUUCAUCCUCAUCCCGACGUCAGAGUGGACUCUUCAGUGAUCCAUCAGUCCUCUGUUACGCCUCCCUGGAUUAACUGAUCAACCGAUGAAUCACCUCUGAUGACUGAUUGUUCUCCUCCACACCAAAGCGACGCAGGAUUUUCAAACCUGUGUAGAAAAGGAGAGAAGAAGAAGCUCCUCCAGGAGAGUUUUUAUACCACACCAGACUAAACGUCCCUUAAACCAGCAGAUUGAAGGCUUCUUUGACUGUAAAGGGCUUCUAUUCCACUGGUUCUAAACACAGAAAAUGUAAAUAUUAUUCCCUUUGACUAUUUUAAAGGAUGAAAUGCAAUUAUUUCCAUGAAACAGCAGACCCUGGAGGAGCUGAAGAGGAACAAUUGGAAAGUUUUCGCUGCUGAAAGCCUCCCAUCAGGUUGAACUUUAACCUUUGGUGAAUGGUAUCAAUGCAAUCUUGUCUUAGGUUGGAGAUAUAACACAAAUACCCAAUAAACAGCCAUCACACAAACACCUUCUCUGUUUUCUCAUCAUCAGCACAGGGACCAGAACUUUAGCGUCCUGUAGCUGCACCUUUGCAACUUUCAAGCUCAACAUCUGAAUGUGUGGAUAAAAAAAAUCAUGCAUAUUUUAGAGAAUUGUGUUUGUGUGAUGGUUGUUUAUUAAGGCAGAGUUGUAGACAGGCAGACUGACUGACUCAGAAAAUCAACAGAGGUCUUUUGCUUCGUAGCAGGAAAGAAAACACUCUUCAGUCCUGUGGUCAAUCAGAAGAAAAUAGGAAGAUCCUGAGUCCUUAUCUUGCAAUUAUCUUCCAAAUUUAUGUGCAGAAUUUUAAAACACUAGGAAAUGGAAAAGCGUCCAUAUCAGAGUGUCUGAUUGUCUGCAGGACUUGAGCAAAGUAGAAGUUCCUGUUACAGAGCUAUAACCGGUCCUUGAACUCACCACGCUGCCAGGAUGGGAACUGACCCCGAUGCAUCAGCAAAUUGUUCUGGUUCUGUGUUAAACUCGCCUCUCUGCGGCGUGACAGCACUUUAUGUGACGCUGUGAUUGUUCAAUCUAAAAUACAAACUACGUCAAGACUCAGGGCCUGAUUCACUAAGGAAGUGGUUCUCAACUGGUGGGUCGUGAAGCAGUUUUCAGUGGUCACAACUAGGUGUCUGGAAAAAAUGGUGGCAGAAAGUCCCUAAAUCCUUAUUGGACAUCAAUCGAUACCUUUUAUUUUACCCUGUUUUACUGUGAAAUUGGCUCAAUUUAAAUGUUUGAUCAAUAUUUCAGCUGAUUUAUCACCUCUUCUUCCAAUAAAUGUCUACUUUUCCCAUGAUAAUUAAGUUAUUUCACAAGUUUUCUGGAAAAUUGGCUAAAAUUGACACAUGAUGGGGAAAGAGGGUAGAAAAUUUGUCAGUUUUGUCCCUUUUCUUUUUUUCUAUAUCAGGCGUUUUGGUCCAGUCAUGCUCCAAACUGCAACAUAUUCAAUUAACUUAACAUGCAUUGGUGAAAUUUUUUUGGGCACUUGGGUUGCGAUCUGUUGUAAGACAGACUGGUGGGUCCUGAGGCCAGACUAUUGGAGCACCACUGCACUAAAGGAAAGUAGCUGCUAAAACUGGAAAAAGACAAAUUUAGGAAAAACAGUAAAAAGGGUAAAAUAGUCCCUUAACUGUGCUGCAGAGCAGAGGGCGUCUCUGCUGCACAGCAGCAUAGCUGGUGCUGUUUUCUCAUGUUUGAAUGAGCCAUCAUGCGAUCAUCUGGGCAAACAGCCCAGUGUUAAAUUUGUCAGCUCAAACUCUGACUAAAAACUGCCUUUUUUUACGGAAAGAUGAGACUAAGACCAGCUAGAAAUAGAUCUUUGGUGAUGAAAAUGAGGUUUAGUCUUUGGUCACUGGGGCACAGUCAUGCUGGAAUAGAAAAGGGCCUUCCCCAAACUGUUGCCACACAGUUGGAAGCAUAGCAUUGUCCAGAAUGUCUUGGUCUGCAGAAGCAUUAAGAUUGUGCUGCACCACAUGCAGGCAGUUAGGGCACGUUCAGGGACGAAGCUUGGUUUGAAACACUAAAGCACAUAUCACGUCUGCUUCUCUCCUGAUUCAGACACAAAACAAGAGCAAACUGCAUGCAGCACCACAGCUGCAUGGGCCUGUUUGUGUCUGAAUAUCAUCAGAGCUUCAUACCUUAUCCAUAAAACCUCGAGAUUCAGAAGAUAGAGUGAGCAAAUGAGUGAUUUCUGCAGAUAUUAGCAGCCACAGUCUCUCACUGAAUCAGGCUCUGAGUCCAUUUAAACCGAUUCUCUGACAUAUCAGAGCAGCUCUGAACUCUCCAACUCGUUCUUCUGAUCCCAGAACAGUCUUAUUCCUGAGCAGUGUGUGGUUUGACCUUUGACCUCUGCUGGACCGUCUCGACGAGACUUGAUUCACUCAGGAAACAACAGAUCUAAAGUGAGAAGGGAAGCUCUGAUGAGAAUUCACAACGCCGCUUCAGUAAGUCAGAGAGAAACUUAAAAAAAAAACACAGACUGAGAUCUCACCUAAUCAAACUUUUUAACCCUUCGUGAUCUGUGUCAGACCUGCAUGAGAAUCAGGUCGAGGGUCGUGCUUCGUUCUGCGUCCCCGGAUCAAUGAAGUGCCAAACAGAGCGAUGUUUGCCCUGCAGGGCCGUUCCAGACCAGGGCUCAGAACUGCCAACACAUUCUCCUCCUUCUUCUUCUUCUCUGCCUCGUCAUGACGGCGCCGUCAACGCUGAGCUCCUAAAAACGUCUCCAUCUCCUGUAGCACGCCUGAAAGUUAAUGUGAAAGUUUUACUUUCAUUUUCUCAAGGUGGGGUUUAAAACAUGACAGAUGUAAACUCCGUCCAAUCAUCAGCUCCGUUUGACCUCUGGAGGCGUCUUCAAAAUAUCCAAAUACAUAAAUGUCAUUUUAAGGAUUUUUAACAGAUUCUUUUAACACAUUUAAAAUCUUCCUUUCAUGCAUCUGAUAAAGUAAGUCAUCAAAUUUAUGUAUGUUUGAGUGCAGUAAGCUCUUCAUGGAUAUUAGUGCAGAAGUAGCAAAAAUGUUCUAAUUAAAGCAAAAUUUGUAGGAAGUUGCUAAAUUUAAGGAAAAUGUCGCACAACUUUUCUUUUUGUUGACAAAUCUGUGGUUUAAAAAAAGGUAUGUUGGCAAAUUAACUAUUAAAAUCACAUUAAUUGCAUUCUUUUUCUGUCCUUUUAGAGCCACCGUAGUUAAGCUACCAUAGCUACAGACAGCUCAACUGACCAAAGUGCAUUCAAAGUUUUCUGCACUUUCUGAUAUUGUUAGUUUUACACUUCCUGCCACAUAUUUUACUUUUCUAUCUCUAUUAAGUUCUUUUGUCCCUAGUUAAGCUUUUGCUUCCUUAUUUUCUUUCAAAAUAAAACAGCUUUUUAUUCAAACAGGAAGUAAAAUACCCAAAGUAAAAGCAAAAUAAAGAACAUUAUUACCACCUUAUUUUGGUUACUUACAGAGGCGCAGCUAGAAAUUUUGGGCACCCAGAAAAAAUAUUACUCCCCCCUCAACUGGCUAGCCAAGCAAUAAAUGUUGCAUCUUUUUUUAUUACAAAUCUAUAUGCUUUUUUAACAAAUUUUUGAAGCAUAGUUUCUCUAUUUAGGAGCAAUAUUUUUACUGUGGUUAAAUUAAAUUUAUUUGGAUUAUUCCGCAGCACUGGACUAUACCAUUUGAUGCAAAUUUCAGUCUGUUGACACAUUCAUUUUGUUGCUUUUGAUUCAAUAAUGACACUAAUUACUGAGAAAAAAUAGAUAAAAACACACUUUUAGUUGAGGGCCCCUCCUUACUGUUGGCCUGGGUAAUCAGUGCCCUUUUCCACCCUGUGCUACACCCCAGCAAAAGUAACUAAACAUGAACUCCUGAAGAGUUUAAUGCUCUCAUAUAAACCCGCCAUCAAUGAGUCAUUUAGUACAUGCACUCUUGCAUACUUCUUCAUGUAUAACUCUGUCCAACAAAGGGCAAAAUAGUUCAGUUCUAAACAUGCAAAUGGGAAAUGUUAUUAAAACUGCAACUAACAAUGAUUACCCAUCCAAAUUCAGCUAUUGAUUAUUAAUAAAUAUAUAAUUUAACAGCCCUGUUCAAUAAUAAAAAAGACUGUAAAGUUGUAAUGAAGGUAUAAACAAGAAUUCUGAUUGUUUUAGGGUAAAAAUAGCCUCCCAAAGUUUGAUUAUUUAACUUAAAUCAGAUCAAAAACUCCACUUAAUAACAUAUGUAAGGGCAGUUAAAGUUAAUACAUUACAAUAUAUGUAUAUUCAGUAAAUCUGCUUUCAUAUUUGGUGUUGAGAUGAGAGCCGGAGGACUCAGCCUGCGCCGAGCGUUGCCUUAAGUCGUUGUCUUAACUUUAGAGCCCAACGGUUGACUGGCCAAUCACAGAGCUCUACAGGACGUCCUGUGUCCAGCUCUGGUUUACAUUUCCCACAAAUCAGCAGUCUGCGGGGGCGUGUCUACAACUCUGUCUCUUAGCAACCACUUCCAGUCCACAAAUCACAGACAGACACGAUGAUUGGAAUGUAAAUUCAACUAAAAUACAUCAGAGCAUUGUUGUAAAAUAAUGUUUGCUAGCACUUUGACUCGUGUUAGGAAAGUUCUUUUGUUUUACAUAUUGUAAAAUGAAUCAGAGAUUUAUUUUGUUGCUGAUACAGUACGGCAGAUAUAAAUAAUAUAAAUAUAUAUUAAAUAUGUGUGUUAUCUAUAUUUGAUGCAGUAUGGAAAUGCAAUGAUGGUGAUUUAUGACUGAUUGUUCACGUUUAGCCGGCAGACACGAGUGACACGCCGCAUGAAGCGACCGACCAGAGCUUCAGGCUACCUCACCUUAUGUUCAGACUUUCAAAAUAAAACUGAUUCUUAUGCAAAUAUCUCAUCAGCAGCAUCUGCGGUGUCGGCUGCCACCAGGCGGGGAUUAUUAUAAGAAUAUUAAAAUCCUCUGCCUUUUUAAAGGUUCUUUAACACCAAUGAAAAUAACAAAUUAAAAAUGUUAACACAAUCUUGAUGUUUUUGUUCAGUUCAACUAUUUCGGGCCAUGUUUUACAGCCCUGAGUUCAGACUUGUUCUAAAUUCUUUAUUUGAUGUCAUAAAUUGGUGCCGAGAGCCUUUAAGUUGUGUCUGACCGUUUAACGUGAACAAGCAGCGAGGGGUGGGGCUUUUAUUUUGGCGGGUUUGCUGCGAUGCAGUGAUGUUAAGGCUCUGUGUGGCUGUGAACACACUACGAAAGGGAUAUUUUUUUCUUUAUUGAUUUCUAAUUUGCUCAAGUGCUAAAGUGUUUGAAGAGUUUUAGCUUUAGAUGAUUUUUUUUUGUGUGUGUGUGUUUUAUUGAAAAUGUUUGUUUUUCCCUCAGACCCCCCACGGCUCAGAUCACCUCAGUAUUUUGGUUUUAAAGCAGAGAGAAGUUUUCAUAUAUUUUACAUUCAAAGGGAGACGGUUAGACACUUUAUGUUAAAAAAUAUAAAACUGCCGAUUGGGAGCCUGACAGAGAAAAAAGGCCAUCAGUUAAAAUUUUAACGUGUGUAAUGAACAGUCCAGAAAUCCUGGAGCUACCUCGGUAACAUGAGGAGCUGCUCCUGUGCUAAAAAUACCAACACUACACCACACAUCCAAAAAGGCAGGAAGCUUCCAGAAGCUAGCAAUAAAAGAGGAAAUUUACUCUGAAAACCCACAUUAUAGACGAUCAGUUAUAUGAAAAAAUCUGCAAGCACAAACGUCACUCGCCAAUCAGCUCAGUCUGCCAUUUUAUACCCAGUGUUGACUUUUAAAGGCCCUAAAGAAAAGGGAACCAAACUUGGUUUAACCAGGAUGUUUCAAUAAAAACAAUCCUUUUUACAUCCUGUUUUCUAGCCAGUCAGAGCCUCAGAAUGACAGACAAAGACCGAGCCAGCCAACCACGAACAUCUGUAUUUUAAAAUUUAAUCUAAUUAUUAAUGAUUAUAAUAAAAUAAAAAUAAUCAUAUAGACUAAAAAAUCAUUGGCGACGAGCUAAUAAUAUGCACAAUAAAAAUAUAAAUAUUUUUAAAUCUAUCAAACAUGCUUUAAACUAUCAAAAGCAUGGUAGAAAGUGAAAAAAUAAAAUAAAUUAUUUCAGAAAUGGGACAACAAAGUCAACUGAGGUGAAAUCAGAGGAUAAGAGAAGUUUAUAGUUAAGGAUCGGAAAUGUCCAAAAGAAAGCAGUUGUUUGAUUUUUCAUAUUGAACUUUAAUUUACGGAGCCCCAGCCAUGACGUGAUAAAAGAAAAUUAAACUGUGGCCACAAAAUAAAUGUGACGUGCGCACGUGAUACUAAUUCAUGGCCACGAAAUACUAAAUUCGUGGCCACAAAAUACUAAAUCGUGGCCACUAAAUACUAAUUUGUGGCAAUGAAAAAAGUAUAAUGUGCACACAAUAUACUAAUUUGCGGCCACUAAAUACUAACUUGUGGCAACAAAACAAGUAUAAUGUGCGCACAAAUACUAAUUUGAGGCAAUGAAAUACUAAUUCGUUGCCACAAAAUACUAAAUCAUGGCCACAAAAUACUAUUUUGUGGCAACAAAAUUCUAAUUCAUGGCCACAAAAUACUAGUUCAUGGCCACAACAUACCAAUUUGUGGCAACAAAAUAAGUAAAAUUUGCACACAAAAUCCUUAUUCAUGGCCACAAAACACUAAUUCAUGGCUAUAUUUUUUCAAAGACGGUCUGUCAAAUUACAGUUUAUUGCAGUGCAUUUAUAUAUUCAAUAAAUAAUCAGGUACCAAAAUAAAUAAAUAAAUUCAAAGUUUUUGUCUAAAAUUCUGAUCAUCAUUACUUAAAGUUUUCCUGUUGGAAAUACAAGAUUAAAAGAAAAUAUUAAAACUGGAAACAAAAGAAAACAGAGGAUGUAAUUAACUAAUUAAUUAAUUAAUUAAUAAAAGUCGGUUUAGUCGGAGCUGAUUGGCUGGUUAGCAGGCUCGAUUUAAAAUAAUCCAAUUAAAGUGACAGAUCAUUAAUCCUGAAUUUAAACUAGAGAGAUUAGAGGUUUAAUGUUUUUAUUAAGUGCCACUUUAAAAUAAUACCGAACUAAUCAAACUAACCCAAAGCUGUAUUUUUUAUCUAGAGAUAAAAGUGAUGUUAGAAAUGUAGAUUUUUUAAAAUUCAUUAUUAUAAACGUUUUUUUUUUUUUUUUUUAAUCUUUUAUGUUAGACGGGAGCCUGGGAGGGUCAGAGCGUGAAAAACUACAGAUCUACAGCCAUGUGAAACAAAUAAAAAUAUGAAGAAAUGUUAAUGUACAUUACCAAAUGAUGAUGUUGUUUCAUGUCACGUCGUCUUUGUGCUCUUCAGCCAAAAAAAAAUCACUGACAGAAUCACUGAUCCAGACCAGAGCAGCGGGCGGGAAAUCCAAUCUGAUGGAAAAAAAAGAACAUGUUAAUAUGACUGCAGGAAAGCUGAUUUAAAACUACAAAUAGGUAUGGACAAAUGCAAAAGUAGUGGUGUCUAAACUUAACCUAAAUGGCCAGUUGAAGAAAAUUUUAACAUUAUAGGAAACUAGAACCACCAGCAGGCAGUUACACGCCUCAGCCAAGUUUCCAACCAACAGAUAAUAGGGAUAGAUAUGGAUGAAUGUAAGGCCCAGACACCUUUACUUAUUCCUUCCUAAAUCUAAUCAGCUCAUCCUUGAGUCAGAGUAGAUAUCUGUGCAAAGUUUGAAGAAAAUCCGUUCAAAGGUUCUUGAGAUACUGCGGUCACAAGCAGGGAAUGAACAUGAGGCCCAGUCACCUGGAGCCUAGAUGUCCAAAAUCUACUCCUUGGUUAAAAGAACGACUGAAAGCAUGAUUGUUCUGACUCUUUCAUGACAUCUUUGUCAUAAUUUAACAUUUUGAGACGUCAGUUAAAUAAUCUAAAAAUGUGAACUUCCUGCUGCUGGUCUUUAUCAUCGUUUCUGUCCGACAAACUUCACCGUCACUUUCCAUCAGCAGAGAGCGCCUGUUUCCCAGAAUCCACCUGAAUGUUCUGUUAAAAAAAUCAGCUGAUCCAGAGUAAAUCUCAGCACGACUUUCAAAAUCUGAACUCGAUCAAAUUUUUUAUUUUCAUCUUUGUUUUAAUGUAGAUUAUUUUUUAGAUUAUUUUGAGAAAUACUGUCAGUGAUUUUAUAGCCAAAAACAUUGCCAAAGUGUUUUUUUUUUAUUUUUAAAAUCUCCAAACAACAAAAAGACAACAAUGGAACUUUAAGGGAACAUGGAGAAGUAUGAUUUUUUUUUUUGUUUGUUUUGUUUUGAUGAUGACUGUGAAAUUUAUUUUCUUUCUUUUCCAGUUGGUUUUAUGAAAUGUCACUGGUGCUCCUGAGAAAUGGUCAAAAAUACACAAACAUGAUUUCAAAGUAAGGUUUCUACCUUUGAGUUUCUUGGGAAGCUGCAGAGGUCGGAUGAAGUAGCAGCCAGCAGGGGGCGCUCUCCUCUUUUGGGAAACCCCAUAGUGUUUGGGCUGGAAACAGAAAAUCCCAAAUGUGGGAACAUACCACUGAAAAAUGUCAGAACAAAAACAGAAUGAAAACCAAAAUGCUAGACAAGAAGCAUCUGUCAACAUCCUUCUGCUCAGUAGCUAAAACACGUCUGUAAAGUAACUGAACUCUUUAAUUUAUUAAAGCUUUAAGUGCAAAACAAUCACAAAGUCAGUUUAAUCAGAUAAUCAGGCUCAUUUAAAUAUUUCCCCUUCACUAUGGCUUUAACCAUAGAAUGCGUUUUUUGGAAUCUCUCACAUAAAGAAUAACAUCGUCUGCAUACAGAGGUAGCAAAGGCUAAAUACACCAAAUCUCCCUGUGGCAACCUGAACAUACAAACAUUAAAAAUGCUUUUUUUUGGAUGAAGGGUGACUUCUACUUUCCCUUAACAUCUGUUUACUCUUGUACAAGUUUUCCAAAUUCACUAGGAAAUAAAAUUUAAACAAGCUUGUUUGUUACAAGCCGCUGAAUUAAGCACAAGUAAUUUGAUUGGUAAUUCAGUGAUUACAGUUUAAUCUUCUAUAAAAGGCAUUCAUUUCUGAAACUACACUGAAGUUCAUCAGAUUAACAGGUUGAUUUGAGAUUAAACCUUAAUGACAUUCUCCUUAAAAAUAAGCUUUUCUUUGGAGACCUGUAAUGUAAAGCAUAACAUCAUCUGCAUACAGGAGUUGUCAACACUGAAACAUCUGUCAAACCUUGUCUUUUUAGCAUCAUAAAUCGAUUAGACCUGAAUGUUCAAACAUGAAACAUACAAUUUUAGAAUCAGGGAGAUUUCUCCUUUCUUUUCACUGGUGAAAUUCUUGAGGAAGGUGUGUAAAUUUCCUAGGACAGCAGUAAAAAAAAAACAAACAAACAAAAAAAAAAAACAAUCGAAAGGUUCCUGUUUGUAACAAACUGGUAGUCUUUUUCAAACAUUUCAUUAAAUCAUCACACAUCACAGCUUUAUCUGAUAAAAUCUUUAAGAAAUAAACUUGAUUUUAACCAGAUAAACAGGUUAAUUCAAAAUUAAGACAUUUUUUAAGUUGUGCAUCAAAAAAAUAUGCUUUUUGGAAACCUGUGGCAUAAACCAUGACAUUGUCUGCAUAGAGGUAUGGGCAACAGUUAAAAAGUGGUUUGAACUGAAGCUUCCUUCUCCUCUUAGAGCUGUGACCCAAUUUAACCACAACAAACAAACAAUAACUGUGUAUUCUUAGAUUCGGGGUUACUUCUACGUUCUAUAAGUAACAUUCUAUCUGCUCUGUCAAAGUGUGGAAAUUUACGGAUAAAUCAGAGAAUGGAAACAGUCAAACAUGCCUAGCAGUCAAUUUAAGGAUUAUUACUAAAAGAAAAACCGACUUCAUUCAGUAAAUUUGUUUCAACAAAUAUCAAAAAGUUAUUAAAGAGAGUCUUUAAUUUGAUGACUGUCUUUCUUGUCAGACUAUCUAAGCAUCCGAGAAAUAAUAUCUUCCAACUUAGCACUACAUUAAAGUGGAUGUAGUUUUGUUUCCAGCCCAAACAGAUCAAACAUGGUGACCUCAGUCAUUCACCUGUCGGCCAUUUUUAAAGUGUCUGUGUCUCUGUGACUUCCUGUAAACGCAGUCUUCCAUCCAUAACUGUAGAUUAGAAAAUAACUGAAAAUGAAAAGUAGCUGAAUUAACGAGUAACUGUGUUAACGGUAGAGACCACACUCGGGGCUCGGCGUUGAUAUGACACCAGCCAUAAAAACAAAAGAAAUGAGAGGAUGAGGAAAGAGUCGAUGCCGAGCCCUGAUGAUGUCACCUGUGUUUCAUUGACCUCUGACCCCUGCGAGGGUCUCCAUGCUGUGAUCACUGUGCUCAUUCACUACAGACUAAACCAAUGGCAAUAAAACUAACGUCAUGACAAACA